GUCCGGCGCGUCCUACGCCGGCUCUGACGGCAGGGCUUGAACAAAUGACGGCGCGCCGGGAAAGUUUUUCCUAAAGCUGCCGGGCUGCGCUUUCGGCGUCUCGGACCCUCGGCUCUAAAAUGGCUGGCUGUAGGUCCGAGGAAGCUCCGGUGCUACGGGAAGGAUCCGCUCCACACCGCGAUUGUCUGUAAAUGUACAUGUUUCUCUACUCCGAGCGACGCGUUGGUGUUGGCGUUGCCCCAGAAAUAUAAGUAGGUAUGCCCCAAAAUGGAUUCUCAGUUGGUUUCAGUCCUGUCCGGUGGCAGCCUGGAUGUCCAAAAUGGCAGCCGGUGUGCAGAGGGUUCAGGGCCAGUGACAAAGGACAAAACUUCACUCAGUACUGUACCAGGUAACCUCCAGCCAUGCCCUGUCAAAGCAGCAGUGACCAUCAUCAGACAAGAUGCUCCUUCAGUCAAUGGGAAAAAGCCAGAGGUGGGCGGGAAAUCUAAGCCAGCCUCUCAGGAAACAAGUAGGAUUGGUGGAUUCAGGCAGCCAAUUACAGUAAAGACUGGAGUGCCUGUUCUGCGGAGCCAACCAAUCAGAAUCAAAAUUGUUGUUCCCCCACGGUGCAAGAGGCCAAUCAACAACUCCGCCAUCAGCCUGACCAAAGACUUUGCUCGCUCACAUUUCAGAAGACCUGUUUUGGUCUCAAGGAAGCUCAAGGAAGUUACUCAUAAUAAGACUGAAGAACCUAAACCACAAUCAUUCCAUGGGACAGAGACCGAGGGAGCGGAUAAAAUGUGCAAAGAGAGAGAUGUUUUGGAUGCUAAAACCAUACACACUCAUAGGUCAGAAACUCCUUAUAAUACUGUUAAAAUACUGAGCCAGAAGGUGAUUAAAGAGGAAACUACAGAGAGAGAAACUGAGGUAAAUAUUCCUCUAAUUUUGCAAGGAAUGGACUUGAAGUCAUGUAAAACGUUUGAUGCGGUGGUAAUGGAGGAACAGACGGAACCACUGGACCUGACUUUGCCCAAGAAAAGAGAGAGUCCAGAGAGGAGGGGUGGGCGCUUUCUGGACGAUUCUGGCUGUGAGACCUCACUGAUUAUGGAAGUAGAUGAAUAUGAGGGAGAAGGAGACAGAGACAUAGUAGAAGAGGACGAUGAUGAUAAAGAGGACUCUGUGCUGUGUAUGGAUGGCACGAAUACACUUGAAGACUCUCUUCUGUCUCCCUCUUUCUUUUCUACCUCUGUUUUCACCUCCCUCUCCUCAAUAGACUCUGACACGGAAAACAUUCUUCUCAUAGACGACCAGGGAAUCCCGUAUACUCUCAGUCCAGAUGGACUCAAAGUGCCGCAAGUCGAUGCAUCCACGUCAGAGGAUCCCCAGUCAGAUCAGCCUAAUUCCGCAGAGGUAGAAGGAAAGGGGUCGUCACAGUUAGUAGAUCCUAGUCUCAGCCAAAGUUUAGAUAAUGCACUAAAUGCACCUUCUGAUGAUCUUUACCCCUCACCAGCGCCUGCUACUGAUUCACUAUCACUAGGUGCUGAUCAGACAAAAGCUCCAGAGGUCUUCACAAGUUUGACUAAGAACUCAGAUCCCUCAAAGGCCGCAGAGCCAAGCAUUAAAGCUGUUCAGGAGGCUAGUGCUGUUCUGUCCCCUUCCUCUGAGAUGUCAGUCCCCAGCCAGCCCAUUCAGAUCCUCACAAACCCUUCAAACAAUGCUCCUAUUCUCCUCUUGUCGUCCUCCUCUUCCUCUUCUCAGCUGUCCUCUGCUCCCGUGGGUCUCUCGCUUCCCCUCUCUGUCACUCAGACCUCACCUGGUGCUUCCACACCCAUGUUUCUUCUCCUCUCCUCUGUACCCUCUUCCUCUGGUGACUCUGCCUCUACCUCCACCCCUAUCGCUGUCCUUGAUCCCUCGACAGGUCAGUUGGCCCAGAUCACUGCAGCAUCAGCCCCGGUCUCCCUCCCUUUGUCCUCUGGUCAGGUCAACACGCUGGGAUCACCUCUGCCCACGCUGUCUCACCCCGUCAUUAGACUGAGCGCCAAUGACCCCCCUGUUAUCCUGUCAGGAGUGAAUAACGUAAACUCCGGGUCUGUUCUCACCUCUCUCGCUGUCUCUUCGUCCAGCCCUGUUCUCCAGAAUGACCACCACAGCAUGACUCCCGUCAUCCACACACAGAUCACCUCUUCCGAUUCAAACCCUGGAAGUGAAGCCAUAUCUACCGAAGAAGUCUCAAAUGAAGACAACAAGCCAUCAGCUUUUACAGCAUCCACUCCAUACCCACAGUCUGCCAGUCUGACCUAUGACCUUUCAGCUCAGCCCAGCUCAGAGGCAGAAGCCCAAUCACCAGCCUCAGAGCACAAUUUUGACCCCUCAGACCUGCACACAGAACAUUUGCCUCUGGAUGACCAUCUUUACUUCUCAAACACAGCUGCCCCACCAUCCCCUCCCAUUGGACCCAUACUCCAAUCUGGUAAACUCGACCCCCUCGACCCCCUGGAUCCCCUCUCUCCAGCGGCAUCACCCAAUACCAUGGGCUCCCGCAGGGUACUAUACUGCCAGCUGUGCCCGCGGGUCUUCUUUUACCUCUCCGACCUUGAGCGCCAUGCCAUCACUCACUCACAGAAGAAGCCUCACGUUUGCCAGCAGUGUGGCAAAGCCUUCAAACGCUCCAGCCAUCUGCAGAGACACAAGCACAUCCACACAGGCCAGAGGAACUUCGUGUGCCCCAUCUGUGCCAAACGCUUCAGGGAGGCCGGCGAGCUCCAGCGCCACCAAAGGGUACACACCGGAGAGAAACCCUACCAGUGCCAACUUUGCCACACGCGCUUCGCCGAGCGCAACACACUACGCCGACACACCAAACGCAAACAUCCCUACCACCAAGUAGCCAUGGAAAUGCUGAAUGAGAGAAGAGACAGAGGAGGCGGUGGCGUACCUGGAGUGCGGGAGGAAGAGGAGAGUGCAGAAUGGUACAGCUCCACUGUGUCUAACUUAGAUAACUCAGAGUCUGAAAUGGAAACUUAAAGAGUUUGACUCCAAAUUGAAGGGAGUUACGUAUGGAGACGUUUUGGCAUGGUGAUCAUAUCUAACUCUGAUGACACACUAAACUUUCCUCAUCAAGUUACAUUCAAAGAAGGGAGCACUUGCAAUAUUUAGUUCAAUGUUUUUAAUGGUAAUUUAUUUAUAUGAAUGUAUGUUAUUCCCAUUCCAUUUAAUGGGCCAAAACUACAGCCUUCAAAGUCAUACAUGAUUUUGAAUUAGCUUUCCCUCUGCAAGAAGUUGCAUAUAUAAAAGGGAAAGUUCAUGCUUCAAAUCAUGGUUUUUAUGUGAGUUCAAAAUAUUAUUAAAUAUAAGACCGCUAACAUGCACCCAUGAAGUUGCAUUCCCAUACAAUCCAUGAUAAAACCCUGAAGUGCUCAGAAAAGAAUAACUUAUUUACUCUAAACUAUUCUCUGCUCUACUUGUAUAUAAAGAGUACUAUUUGUAAGAGCUGCACUAUCUUAUGUGAAAGAUGUAAUCUAUCUUUCUUACCGUCAGAGACACUGUGAGUCAUUUGCACUUGUUUUAUUUGAACUCAGUAUUCACUUUUUUUACAUUGUGAAUGAAGAUGCUUACUUUUUUGUUGCAGCUGUUGAUUUUAUGUGUUUAAUCCAUAUCAUGUAAGAGUUUGACCAAAUGUAUGAGUUAUUCUAACAUAAACACUAUAUUCAGACUGUUUGUUUUAUGUGAAUUAUGUUAACUUAUUUGAAUUAAACUUUGACUGUAAACUGUAACUGUAACCUUUGUCAUAUUUUUUUAUUUCAGUGUUCUUCCACUUUGUCGUCUUCACCAUACAGAUGUUUA